UCCGGAAGUCGUCAUCGAAAGCCGCCAAGACCCUUCUCCCUAGUGUAGCGUGCUACGGUGGAGGAGACGGAGACUUCACUGGGGACCACUAGGGUUUGAUGAGUGGAUAUUUUAAGAAGUGACCAGAGAGGCUGUCGCCCCAGUGGCUGUCGUCCGGGUCCGUGACCCGCGUGGCUCAGAAGCCGCUCCUGUGACGGCCAAUGGGAGCCGCAGGCCGCGAGGAUUCUGGGGACUGUAGUUCUGGGGGAGUCCCGCAGCCGGUGAGUGGAGGGACCGAGCGAGACCCUCAGGGUCCCCGACCCCCGGGCGUCUUUUCCCCGCGGUCCUGAAUGCAUGGAAACGAGAGGGUUUUCAUAACCGAGGUUUGAAGAAGUCCCCCAGGCAGCAGAAAUCUAUCCUGAGGUGAAGUAACUUCCUUCCGUCCCUGUGACAGAAUUUCAGAGCAGUCCCUGGGGCCAUUAUGUUGCCUAAUCCUUCAGCCCGGGGAGAGCAGGACUGGGAGAAGAUUUUGUCUUCAGAGAACAAGGAAGAUAUGGAGACCAUGAAGAAAUUGACCCCAAAACAUGAGGCUAAAGGUCUCUCCUCUGAGGAUAUUGUCUGGUCCCAAGAGAAAAAGAGGAAGCCCCAAAUACUGGAACCGGUUACAUUCGAGGAUGUCACUGUAGUCUUCACAGAGGCAGAAUGGGAGAGACUGAGCUCUGAGCAGAAGAACCUAUAUGAAGAAGUGAUGCUGGAGAUUUACAGGAAUCUGCUGUCGUUGGCAGAACCGAAGCCAGAACUCUACCCCUGCUCCUCCUGCCUUCUGGCUGUCUCCUGUCAGCAAUUCCUCAGCCAGCAUGUGCUUCAGAUCUUCUCAGUCUUCUGUGCACAACAUCACUUCCAUCCAGGGCGUUCCAGCCUAGGGCAUCAGAAGCAGCCAGAGCAGCAGGAUUCUGAUCUCAGCUGCUGGAGGGAAAACACAGAAGGUCAAGACAGAGAAGUCUCCAGACUCCUGUGUGGGAGGACAGGGGAGGGAGAGACUUCAAGGGUGUUCUCCAGCCCACCCCGAAGAGAGUCAGCAAGCCCUGGAGAAGGCAAUACAGAGGUAGGGAUAGAGCCCAGCUCAGGCCAAAGGGUAGAGUCUGUGGAAAGAGGCAAAGGGCUGAAGGAAUUAGAAUUGUCGAGAUUAGGAGCAGUCAUCUAUAGAGAGGAUGAACCAGAUUGUGGCCUGAAGUCAGACUUUAUCACAUACCAGAGGUUCCUCUUACAGGAGAAGCCCUUUGUGUGCAGUGAGUGUGGACGAGGCUUUACCCAGAAGUCAGCCCUCCUUAAGCAUCAGAGGAUACACACAGGAGAGAAGCCACAUGUGUGCAAGGAGUGUGGGCGAGGGUUUAGCUAUAAGUCAAUUCUCACCACACACCAGAGGACGCACUCAGGGGAGAGACCUUACGUGUGCCUGGAGUGUGGGCAGGGCUUUAACCAGAAGUCAGGCCUCAUCAGACAUCAAUGGAAACACACAGAUAAGAAGCCUUAUGUUUGCAGUGAGUGUGGCAAAGGCUUUACCCAUAAAUCAAGCCUCACUGUACACCAGAGGAAACACUCAGGGGAGAAGCCUUAUGUUUGCAAUGAAUGUGGUCGAGGCUUUACCCAGAAAUCAGUCCUCCUUACGCACCAGAGGACACACUCGGGGGAGAAGCCAUAUGUGUGCAAGGAGUGUGGGCAAGGCUUUAGCCGGCAGUCACGCUUCCUUCUCCACCAGUGGACACACUCAGGGGAGAAGCCACAUGUGUGCAAGGUAUGUGGGCGAGGCUUUAUCCGGAAGUCAAAUCUUAUCACACACCAGAGAACACACUCAGGGGAGAAGCCAUAUGUAUGCAAGGAGUGUGGGCGAGGCUUUAGCCAGAAGUCAGGCCUCCUUCUCCACCAGAGGACACACUCAGGAGAGGAGACAUAUGGGUGCAAGGAGUGUGGUCGAGACUUUAGCCAGAAGUCUCACCUCGUUCUCCACCAGAAGACACACUCAGGAGAGAAACCACAUGUGUGCAAGGAGUGUAAGCGAGGCUUUAAACGGAAGACAAAUUUCAUCAGACACCAGAGGACACACUCAGGCGAGAAACCUUACGUGUGCUUGGAGUGUGGGCGAGGCUUUAGCCAGAAGUCAGGCCUCCUUCUCCACCAGAGGACACACUCAGGGUAGAAGCCAUAUGUGUGCAGUGAGUGUGGCUGAGGUUUUAGCCAGAAGCCAGGCCUCGGCAGACAUCAGAAGACACACUCAGAUAAGAAGUCUUGUGUUUGCAGUUAGUGUGGCCAGUGCUUUAACUGCAGAUCACUCUUCACGCACCAGAGCACACAACAAAAGGUCUGUGUGUGCAGGGAAAAUGGGCAAGAAUUGGGGGGAAAAGCACAUUUCGGUGUACGUCAGAGAAUGGGUCUUUUUUGGGUGGGGAGAAUUCUUAUGUGGGGAGGGAGAAUGGGAGGUGCUGUAGCAAUAAGUUACACCCCCUCUUGCACCAGAAGACAGGGAGGGAGCUGUGUGGGCAGGGCCUGUGGGCGGAGCUUCAUUCUCCUGUCCCUACUCAACUUAGUACAGAAUGUUGCCACCACCUGUUACUGCUUCACCCACCUCUGAGGAGUUUCAAAAGUCUCCUGAUUGCCUGUACUCUGAGGUGAUGGUGUCAGUAGUAACUAAGUAGACUAAUUUUCCACUUUGGGUAACUAGAUGGAAUAGAAAAUUAGAAAGCUUAAGUAAUCCUGGAAUGGUUGAGCUGUUUGAUACAGCAGUUCUUUCCCAUGAUUUGUUGUCUUUUUACUGUAAUAAAAUUUUUCUUUAAUAAACCGUAACUCAGGCUCUGUCACUCAUCUCUUCUAAAUGGCACAUGGAAUUCAAAUUCACACUCCAAGUUUCUUGAAUGAAUUCAACCCUUAAGAAAAAAAAGUCCUAAAUGUGUUUAUUGGGGAAUCUGAUCCUUUACAUGGGGAGAGGCCUGAUCUAGGUUAUGGAGACAGAUGCCAGGAGACAGGACAGAAUGUCCCACAUCUCCAGGGACUCAAUUACCUCUUCCCCUAACUGAUAAUUUUUUCUGUCACUACCUUCUCUUGGCUUCUGUGAAAGCUCCCUUCCCUGGUUUUCCUUCUUGCUUUCUAGUCUCUAUUCUGGUCUGCUGAAUCUUUCUCCACCCAUGGAAGUAUUGCUGUUCCCUAAUGCUCAGUUCCCAGUCCUAACUCCAAGGUCCUUUUAACCACCCACUGUCCCUCACUUUGAAGUCAGCUUUCCAGAGCCUUCCACAUUCCAGGGUCAGGUCCUUUAACCAUAUCCAGACUGUUCUCCAGUCUUGUUGCUUUGGGCCUCUUGGCCACUCUGUACAUCAGGUCAACAAUUAUCAGUCUAAAGACCCCUAAACACAUUUCUAAUACUAGGUGUAUGUCCCCUCAGCCUUCCAAUCCUAGGACCCAGUCCUGCUACUGACAACUCUGACAUCAUUCAAAUAACUACUCUGAGACAGCCUAGCCAUACUACCUCCAUUGUUCUACACUCUGAGGACCUGGCCCUGUAGCCAUGCCCUGUCUAGUGCUCUUCCUUCCGAGCCCAAAUUUCCCAGUUUGGCGCGGUAAAGAGCUGGACUGUUGACCAAAAGGUUGGCAGUUUGAAUCCACCAGCCACUCCUUGGAAACCCUAUGGGGGCAGUUCUACCCCGUCCUAUAGCGUUGCCAUGAAUCAGAACUGGCUCAAUGGCAGCGGGUUUAGGUUUUUUUGGCAUGUCCUGCUCUUAUCCCGUGUCCUGGUCAGUAACUAUUCACUGCAGAGGGCUUGGUUAGGCUCUGGAAAAUUUGUUUGCCCAGUUGGAGUUUGCCAGGCCGACAGAAUGGGUAUCAGACUUUGAGAAUCAGAAAAAGCACUGAGUGUUUCUGACACCCCAUCAAAGCAGGGCAUGGGAAAAUGUCAGAUGAGUCACUGGCCCCAGCCUCUACCCACUUUCCCUCACCUUGAAGUCUGCUUUCGAGAGGAUCCUGAUUCUGCUCAGGUGGGGAGGUAGGGUAGGAGCGCCUGGGGUGGUGGGCCCCUGUUCUUUGCCACCUUUGCCCUAAUGUCCCUUGGCCAGAACUCCCCCCUGGUCAGAACUGGAAGCCAUGGGGAAAGGGAUAUGGAUAUGUAAUCCCUAGGGGUUCGAGGGGUUAGCGUUCCUGAUAACCCCAAGGCCUCUUCCCUGCUGUUGGGGAUAAAUGCAACCAAGAAAACCAGCACCUUUCUUGGGAAAAAGGGAUGGAAAUAAGAGAAAACAGUGCAUACUUACCUUACCAAAAUCCCCCAUAACCUGUAGCAACCUCAGCCAUGCCCAGGGAUGGCCUGUCAGUCCUGGCCUAGCAGAGGGAGGAAGCAAAGGGGUCAUCUUUCCAGACCUGGCAGGAGGCUCCCCAGACUGCUGCUUGCUUCCUCCUUUGUAUCUUAGAAGGUCUGCUGGAAUCAGGUCCCCAUCACUCCAUCCCAGCGGGAAGCAGAACUGAGGUGUGCUGAGGUCUGCAGCGGAGAAAGCAAGGGGGAGGCUCUAGAAAGGGACCCACGAAUGCCCCACCAUCCCAGACUUUGGCUGUGGUGCCCAGGGAGGAUGAUGAGGUUAGAUUCUGUGUUAGGAGCCCAUGGCUGAUUCCUGACAUUAGGUCAGUGGUCUCAAACUCAAAUACCUGCAGAGCCCAGACAAAUCCUGCUGAGGGAAUGAAACCCAGAUUGGGGGUGAGGGACACUGUGGAGAAUCAGGAAGCUCACACUCAGGCCGGUUCUUGGCAUCCUUGCUGGCCUCACCAUUUGAUCCCACUCCAAAAAGUGCCUGGAGCCCCAACUCUUUUUGGCUUUUUCCUUUAAUUGUCCAAAAGCUCUGCCCCUUCUUUGAGCUAUGACCUUGAAUUCAGAACCCUCCAUUAUUCCUCACCUCCAGCUUCAGAACUCUUUUUCAUGUUGAUUUUUGCUGAGUUUUCUGAAAGGUGGUAGUGGAUUAUGGAAAAUGAAUGUCAACUUCAAUGUGGAAAUAUUUGACCCAGUAAUUGUGAUGGGUUAUCAGGUUGUACCUUGUCCCUUCUUUUCACUUCCCUGGGGAACUAGGAGGCUAGUUUUUGACUGGAAGAAA